UCUUGGUCUUCGUCGAAGCUACUACUUACCCCCACGAUUUCGCCACCAUUUUCUCAUCUCCCCCUUUCUAAUUUUCCUUUCUUGUCUCAAUUUCGGAUCACCACACGACCCAUUCUCUGUGCUUCCAAAUCUUCCUAAACCUUCUUUCUUUCUUUUUUUGUGUGUCAAACUUUCCUUUGUUUGACCCUAAAGUCUCCUCGUUUCUUGCUUACACUAAUUUCCCCCUGUGAUUUUGGGUCUCUCUGUUUUGGUUGUUCUGGAUUCUCACAACUCCCAAGUCGGUUUUUGGCGUCUUCCUUUUGCUUUCUUCCCAUUCUGUGUACUUAUUUGGUCAUUGGGUUUAGAUUCUCUGUGAACCUCUGAACUUUAGGCAGUUGAAGCUGUAUGCUUGGUGGGUUCAUCGAGUUUUGAAAACAUGGGUGAUGAUGGAAAAGACGAGAAAACAGAGGGCGAUGAAGUUUCUGAGACGAACAAGGGUGAGCCAAGUGCAGGACGGAUGGUUAGACCACCCAGUGACGGCUCCUUGUGUGUGACAGAGGAUGAGUAUGAUGAUGACGACGACGACGAUGAUGAAGUGGCGAAGAAAAUCGCUUUGGGCCCUCAGUGCACUCUCAAAGAACACAUCCAGAAAGAUGCGGAUGAUGAGAGCUUAAGGAGGUGGAAGGAACAGCUUCUUGGGGCUGUUGAUGUCAAUGCUGUUGGAGAAUCUCUAGAACCAGAGGUUAAGAUCCUGAGCCUUGCAAUUAAGUCGUCUGAUAGAUCUGAUAUAAUUCUUCCUAUUCCAGAGGAUGGAAAACCCAAGGGCUUGUGGUUCACUUUGAAAGAAGGUAGCAAAUACAGCCUUGAGUUCACGUUUCAAGUCAGCAAUAACAUUGUUUCAGGUCUCAAAUACACCAACACCGUCUGGAAAACUGCUAUGAAGGUUGAUAGCACAAAAGAGAUGCUGGGAACGUUUAGUCCACAACCAGAGCCUUAUACACAUGUUUUGCCCGAGGACACAACCCCAUCUGGCAUGUUUGCUAGAGGAAGUUAUUCAGCCAGAAGCAAGUUUCUUGAUGAUGACAACACAUGCUACUUGGAGAUCAAUUACAGCUUCGAUAUUAAGAAAGACUGGGCAGCAGCAGCGUAAACAGCUCCAUUGGUAGUGCAUUGUUCAGUAGAAGAAUCAUGUCAAAUUCUUCUUUAAUUUCAAUCCCAUCUGGGGCUGGGGAUUGACUUAAACAACGAUAAGAGGAUGAUAUGUAGUUUGAAAAUGAGGGAGAGGCA